AAUCCCAUUUCUUGAAAAUCACCCCACACACUCAAUCCCCAGAUUUCCCCAUGCUUUUCAUACCAGAUGAUGUACAGUUCCUGGUUUCUGGGGGAUUAACUUAAGCUUGGGCGAAAAAAAUCAUCAUCCGAGCUGUCGGGUUCAGGCGUAGCGAGCAUCGGCUCCCCGAAAGUACAUAAAGGACCGACUAUCCUUUCACUCUUCCCCCAGCAUCUCGCCAUCCCAUCUCUUCCCAUUAUCCCAACUCCAAUCUUCACCAUGGCUUCUUAUCCUGAGAAGAGUAUCGACGCUCAGCAUGACGAGACUAUUAGCCCCGAAGCUCUUGCUUCCGAGGCCAAGGUCGCUGCGGAGGCUGAGCAUCAUAUGACGCUCUGGGAAGCUAUCAAGACUUAUCCCAAGGCCAUUGGUUGGUCUGUCCUUUUGUCGACGACUCUCAUCAUGGAAGGCUAUGACCUUGCUUUACUUGGCAAUUUGUAUGCUUCUCCUGUGUUCAAUGAGAAGUUUGGCUCGUGGAAUGCCGAGAAGGAGAAAUAUGCUGUUUCUCCUGCGUGGCAAUCUGGUUUGUCCAACGGUGCUCGCGCCGGCGAGAUCAUUGGUCUCAUCAUCGCCGGUUGGACAUCUGACAGAUAUGGCUACAAGAUGACCACCAUUGGCUCUCUCGUUCUCAUGAUCGCCUUUGUCUUUGUUCUCUUCUUCGCUCCCAACGUCAAGAUUCUCGUGCUGGGAGAAGUCCUCUGCGGUAUUCCAUGGGGCGCAUUCCAAAGCGUUACUCCUGCAUAUGCAUCCGAAGUAGCACCGGUUGUUCUGCGACCUUACCUCACGACCUUCAUCAACAUGUGCUGGGUGAUUGGUCAAUUCUUUGCAGCUGCUGUGAACAAAGGUUCUGUUGGUCGCGGUGACGAGUGGGCUUAUCGCAUUCCUUUUGGUGUGCAGUGGGUUUGGCCUGUGCCUAUCCUGGCAGGUGUUAUUUUUGCUCCGGAAUCACCUUGGUGGUAUGUUAGGAAGGGUAACCGAGCUGCAGCCAAGAAGUCGCUUCUAAGACUCACUUCACCCCAACAACCCAACUUUAACGCCGACGAGACGAUUGCCAUGAUUGAGCAUACGAAUGAGAUGGAGAAGAACUUGAAGGAGGGAACUACUUAUAGGGACUGCUUCAAGGGUGUUGAUCUUCGCCGAACUGAGAUUGUUGUUGGUAUCUGGCUUGUGCAGACUCUUGGUGGACAGAAUCUUAUGGGUUACUUCUCAUAUUUCCUCACACAAGCUGGUAUGGAUGCAAGCAACUCCUUCUCUCUGUCCAUGGGCCAAUAUGCUCUUGGAAUGGUUGGCACCAUGGGCUCUUGGUUCUUGAUGUCCAGGGUUGGCCGACGCACGAUUCACUUCUCAGGUCUAUGCUCUCAACUCCUCAUCCUCAUCAUUGUCGGCUCCCUCUCCUUCUCUAAAGACAACUCUUCCGUCUGGGCUAUUGGCGGCAUGCUCAUUCUCUUCACAUUUGUCUACGAUUUCACCGUUGGACCCGUCACAUACUCUCUCAUCUCCGAGCUCUCAUCGACCCGACUCAAGGCCAAGACCAUCGUCAUGGCUCGUGCCGCCUACAAUGCUAGCAACAUCUUUGUCAACGUCAUGACAAACUAUCAGCUAUCCUCGUCGGCGUGGAACUGGGGAGCUCGCACCGCCUAUUUCUGGGCUGGAACAUGUCUCCUCUCUGCUAUCUGGGUUUUCUUCAGACUUCCUGAGCCUAAGGAUCGUACUUAUGCUGAGUUGGAUGUUCUCUUUGAGAAGAAGGUUCCUGCAAGGAAGUUUGCCAAGACGCAGAUCGAUCCUUAUUCGCACUCGGUUACGUCUGACAAGAAGUUGAACGAGAAAGAGUUGCAGUAGGCAUUGGAAUAAUGUAUCGGUAUUGAUGGAAUCAAAAGAAACGAGGUGUAUGAUAUGGGUAUAUAGUUUUGAAUAGCUUGAUGUACAGAUUGUUUAUUAUGAAUUUACUCUCGAUAUUGGUGGAC